GCCGACCACGACAACCUCGACGACAAAAUGCCUUCCCAGAAGACGUUCCGCACCAAGCAGAAGCUCGCCAAGGCUGCGCGCCAGAACAGGCCCAUUCCCCAGUGGUUCAGGUUAAAGACCGACACCAAGAUUCAAUACAACGCUAAGCGCCGCCACUGGAGGCGCACGAAGCUCAACAUCUAAGCCUUCGGCCUGUAUAUGUAUUCCGCUCGACGCUUGGUGCGUCUGGGAGGCUCGUCUCGUUCGCUCCCAAGAGGGCGGACCCGGUGGAGACGAGCGGAAGUGCAACCUGCGUCCGAUCUCACAGCAUUACACAUGCAUGUAUCCAUCGCACACCCAUGCCAUGCUUUCGAAUGACAACCGCAUGCAACAUUGAAUCCU